UAUUGAACAAUAUGGUAUAACGAAUUAUUUAAGCCCUUACAACAUUUUAAAAAAUUCAUCAAAGUCACGUUACCGAUGACGUCAAAAAGUGUAUGUUUCCUAGACUCAAAACCAUUGUAACUUCUUAAGUAUACGUCUGACUUCAAUAUCAAUGCUAGAUUCGAGCUCGCCUGAAGGAAAGCUUUUCAAUGAUAUAUACACAUCAGUAAUUUGACGAUGUCAGCAAUUUUGAAUGAUGACGUCAUCACUUUCAAAAUGGCCGUCGAGCAGUAAAUUUUAAGACAAAAGCUCUGAUCUAAUCAACUGCAUUUCUGGAUCGUUUUGUGGCAAUGUUUUGUCAGAUAAUCAUUCUGCAUCACUCAAAUUAACGUUUAAAUUCUUGAAUUGCCCCCCUCCCCCUCGAAAAAGCCCUCACCCUAGAACUACAAAUUGUCAAUAAGCCCCCCUCGAAAAAGCCCCCACUGCUACCAUAAAUUCUCAAAUGGGACCCCUCAAUUUGAUGAUUUUUGCCAUCGGAGGUUGCCUACAGAAUUUUAUUGAAUUAUCACAACAAUUCAUACGUUUGGUAGUAAUUAAUUAAAUGCUCAUAAAGAAAUUCCUAUUGAAAUAAAUGACGUCUUUUACUAAUGUCUUCUUAAUGUCUGCAAUAAUUUUAUAACCCCCUCGUAUUAGCCCCCCUCCCUUUGCAUAAGCCCCCAUCCAAAAAUUUAAGAAAUGAAUAAGCCCCCAGGGGGCUAAUUCGAGGAUUUACGGUAUAUAUUUGUCUCAAAUCCAUUUACCGCCAAAAUCCUCCGACGAACUGAAGUCAUAAACUUCCCGUUCACUCUCUAGUUCAUCAGAAAGUUCAGUGCUACUUAGAUCAGAGUCUACCUGGUCUGUUGUUUCCUUGUAUUCGUUACUAGCACUGAAUUCGUCGACACUACGGGCCUAUUUCGGUACCUCUGUUCAUCUCUUGCAUUUCUUUGUGCAGGGAGAUUUUCACUGCCACUUUCGACAUCUGCCCCAACGCUUUCUGAAAGUCGGCUCUUGUUUUUCCGUCUUGACUUCAAAGAAGGGGGCACGUGAAGCAAAAAGAUUUCAAGGAAGACUCUUCAGAAGACCUUUCCAGCCACAACUUUCUAAAGAAAGUCUUGUCGGAUGGUUCUACGCAACGCAACCAGCAGUAGGCUAUCUUCUAGGAAUGUGAAUCAGAAGGGAGUUAAAUGUUACUUUCAUUUUGGUAUAAAUUUUUAGUCUUGUUUCCACAUAGCUUCUCUUGACCUUGCCAGAAUACAUUACCAUUUGAACAAACUUCUGAAAAUCUUCUAUAUCGCUAUCACUAACCACUUUUUCUUCUCCAAGGCUGUCAAGCAGUUCAAGGUAUCGCGGGCUCUUGAUGACUGUCUUCAGCAACCUUACCUUUCCUAUGUUGCGGAAAUAGGAUUUAGAAUUACACCCAGAUAAAGCAUGUAAAGCCUGUAGAUUAAGGCAAACAUCUCUUCCGAAAUGGGAACCAUUUGCGUUUUACAUGGAGAAAAGCAAAAGCCCAAUGUGUCUUCCAAAAUCAGUCUUAUAAAAUCAAUUUGCUUCUAAUUUCGAUACAGGAGCUCGUGGCAUUUAUAUCCUUGCAACAUGCUUUGGUAGUACACUUGUAAAUGACCUCUUGGCCCUGGUUCACCAACUUAUACCCAGCUUGAGGAGCAACAAAUUUGAUGAGGCUGUGCAUCCGCGCUCGGUACGUUGGCAUCGGCUUGAUGGAGCGAACUGCUGCCACUCCGUCUACUAUCCAAACGGCAGACUUCGGAGGCAUGUCUUUGAUCCAUUGCCACUCUUCGAGCAAGGGUCGUUGCAAAGUUACUUUGUCUGACUGACACAAAGUUAAACCAGCUUUAGCGAUAGCAAUUGAAAGAGGAACGGUUGUCAUUCAUGGGAUGAGUGAAUGCCUCUUGCAGACUUCCUGCCUUCAAAAUGAGUAGUUAAAGGCCUGUUUUUGUGUUCCUUGGCCACGGUAGGUGUCCUCUUGACCUUUUCCAGAUCUGUCUUCAGCUUUGUUUUUUUGAUCGGCGUGAAGAAUUAAACGCUACAAUUAAUCAGGCGAUCAUUUGUGAAGCGAUGCAUAUUCUCUUCUCCUAUGAUCGACGCUGCAAGGAGGUCAGUAGAACUUUAUUGAUCAAAUUCUUCACCAGUUAAAGUCGAUUUCGCAGGUGUAACAGAAAACCGAUUGGUGCCAUAGCUUUGAAGAGUUCUCUAAGGCUAUCAUUAUGCUUCUGAAGGAGCUUUGUCCCACCUGGAAUGCUGUACUUGUGAAUUGAUGAUGACUUUACAAAAAAGUAUUGCUUCAGAGCCUCUCUAAACUUGCUAUGAAUGUGGGACGUAGCAAUCCAAGUGUUAACCGCAUUAACGUUUGCUGAAGCCAGACCUGUAUGGACCUGCAGUCACUUAAACUUCUUGAUUAAAUAGCUCUGUAUGUAAAUCGCAAUGAAUUGCAGAUAAUUUGUUUUGAAAUUUCUGCCAAAUUCUUAUUUGUUCCAAUCUUGGAAUGCUGUAGUUUGUUCACCGUCACCCUGUAAUGAUUGAAGUGCAAUGGAGAAGCAGAUGUUGGUAUGUCCAGUAGCGGGCAUAGUUGAUGUGAUUCAAUGCAAAUGUAAGCAGAAUCAUAUUUCGCACUGCUUGCAAAAGUAGCUUAGUGUUGCUUCUCUGCACAGCUGCUACCAUGCUCAACAAAGCAGACAAAUCCUCCAGCUUGGCGAUUUCAAGACACUUUUCAGUUUUUUGACGAUUUUCAAGAAUCAACAGUUUUUGCAUCAAUCUGUCAAUGCUUAUGGGCAUUGACUGUGUGUGUUUUUUUGGAAAAGACGUUGGCGAACCCAUGAGUUGAUGAAAGCAACCCAUCAGCACCUUGAUCCAACUAUACAAGUCAGCAUUCGUUCACAUAAUUUGGUUCAUCUUUGCCUUCCCCAUUUCAUCCGCAUGAACAAAAACAUGAAAUAUAUUAAGAUCAUAUCUAAGAAAAAAUCAAGGUAUAUUCCUUGCAUACUGGAUAGACAGGCACCUUAUAAGUGAUUGGCAAGCAAAAGAAAGGCUUUAAAGUAUAAAAACCAUAUAAUAACUGUUUCCUCCUGUCUCCUGGCAAUGCCAAUAAUAUAAGCCCUUGGCCUUUGUGCAAAGCUCGGUUUCGUACCGACGGCUUCAGGUCCGGUCUUCGGGAACAAUUAUUUUAGGUUUAAUUAAUAAAUUAAAAGAAUAAUAAUGAAAAACUGUGGAUGGCGAAGGAGCAGCUUUUUCUCCGUUAUAAGAAAGUAUCAAGCAAAAUCAUGCAUGAUGUCAAAUUGCGAUAAUGCCAAAUUGUGCCUAGCAAAUUCAGAGUCAGCUCACUUAUCGACGGCCAUUUUGAAAGUGAUGACGUCAUCAUUCAAAAUUGCUGACAUCGUUAAAUUACUGAUGUGUGUAUAUCAUUGAAAAGCUUUCCUUCAGGCAAGCUCGAAUCUAGCAUUGAUAUUGAAGUCAGACGUAUACUUAAGAAGUUACAAUGGUUUUGAGUCUAGGAAACAUACACUUUUUGACGUCAUCGGUAACGUGACUUUGAUGAAUUUUUUAAAAUGUUGUAAGGGCUUAAAUAAUUCGUUAUACCAUAUUGUUCCAUAAUCAGCCGAGAAAACAAAGGUUAGGCAAUGCGGUCGAUGGUUCAGAGGAAUGCCCUGCCUACCCUCUUCUAUCCUUCUCACUUACCAAACCUUCCUCGCCAUCUUAUUACCUUGAAAAGUUGGCUGCGUUGUGAGGUUUCUUGUGGCAUACAAGAAGCAACGCUUUGAAGCCUGUUUCUGAAUGCUAAAUGAGAUUCCACCCAACAGUUUCCACCCAUUUCCAGGGUUGAUCGAUCGUGGACCGUGUUUGUUACUCAGUAUGGAGCGGGCUGUCACUCCAUGUCGUUGACAUUUUUAAUCGCUGUAGUAUUUACUUUAGGAAACGAGUCGAAGCAGAGUAGCCUCGAAUCACGUGACGAGGACACCACUCCUAUUGCCGAUGAAAUGAAAAAUCGCAGCAAAGGUACGGAGCCUGGAGAAUCAAUAGCACGAAGCAACAGCAACAACUCUAUCAGUCCCACUAGCAGCAGUUUAGACUCUAGCCAAACACCGGACGUAAUGAUGCUCGACAACGAAGUAAAGAAACCCAAAAAGAAGAAAGGCUCGAAAAGGAAGAAAAAACCAGACGAAAUGCUGCAAUGUAUAAUUUGCGGUCGAACAGGGUUAAGUUCGGAGUUUUGCGCGUCGGGCCGAUUUUGCAGUCAGAGGUGCGUAGGAGCAUACGCAAGCAAAUGCAGAGCUGAUACACUGGCCGCAGCGGCUGCCGGAGGAGAGGUUUUGGAGCAAAAGAAACGGAGACGUCAUAAGAAAGAUGGCGGCAAGAAGGGAGGGAAAGGAAUGAAGCGUAAAAACUAUUUGUUUGAAAAGGAAUUUCAUGGCAUAUCAUCUCCAAUGCUGCCUUUGAUAGGCCCUGAAGAUGUCAAAAACAAAAAGGCCAAGCUUUCUCUUACGGAUGAUGCACAUUUCUUUUACAGUGCAG